AGCUUAUGAAGUUGGACGACUUUGUAACUUCCGACCUAGCUCCUCUUGUCUCCGUUGCGCUGCCUCUAGCCUCUCGUUCAUGGCCCGGAGCUCCUCCUGCAGCUUCGCAUUCUCCUGUGCCAACUUUAGCACGUUACUGGCGCGUUUCUGGACCUUUUGCGUUCUAGACGACAAGUCGACGUUAAUCAUCUGAUCGAGGCCAAGUGCAAUUUCAAGAAAAGGAAGACAAGGGGCGUGGUGAAUAUUGAAUGCGAGGCAACCGACUUACUCCUCUGGUUCUGCAGUUUUGCCGGUCACCUCCGAGAGGAGGCUUUCAAAGGUCACGGUGAGAUCGAGCUCUGACUGUGGCAACUCUAGGUCGGGGAGACGUGGUUCGGGCAGCGGCGCGAUAUCAUCAUCGACGGUGUCAGGCUGAGCUUGCUCAAGGAGGUCUGAAGCGCGAUCCCUGGUGUUGCCAUAUAAUCCAAAAGGAAUCGUGUCAACUCAGUUUGGGCUUGUGUUAAUAACAAGGUGCACCAACCCGGAUUGGUAGGACCUCGCGUCAUUGGAGCUCAUUGUGAAAGACAGUCGCGAGAGUGAUGAAUGAAGGUCUUGUAUGUUGUGGUCGAGGUCAAGGAAUGUUGUCAAUGAGGACAGCCGUCUCGAUUGUCGACAAACGUUGCCACCCUCAUCGAGUGAGCUGGGUGGUGAUCUGGUAAGGUUUAGGGCUGGACCAAUGCUGGACUAACUACCCAGAUAGAACAGUCUGGGCUGUACCCAAGCUUGUUCCAAUUAAGGGCAAAUUUUGGGUUUCCAGAAACGACGGAUAUGCGUAAUGUUUUGGGCGUUGCCGGGGCGCAGACUGAAGAUUCAGGCCUAGCCUGUCGAAUAUGUCGUGACGAGGUAGUGGUCAGUAAUCGCGUCCUACUGAACGACUCGGACUUGCUUCUUUUAACCACGGUGCCGCUCCUCGAGUGUCUCGGAGAAUGAUCGACAUAUCUGCGUUGCUCAAUUAUUCAGAUUCUAGCGAGCGAGCGACCGGAGUCGCUCCGUUCCUUCAUCCUUUCAUGAACUUGCAGAAAAACUUUCCAUCCUAUUAUGUUCCAUACCAGAUGUACAAUGUCCCCGCAUUUUCUUCAGAAGACCCGCAACGAGUCGCUGGCUCCGUAGAUGCAAUGCAGUCAAACACGGGUCCGAAUGGAAGCUUUGACCAUCAUAAUCAGGCCAUGAGUGCCGUCGACCUUACUAGGUUUCGCGAGCCUCUGCCUCUGCCCAUUCCGCGCCGCCCCUCCACUCUCACCUCAUCUAACCAUUCCUCUACCCAAUCAUUUCCGUCAGACGCGUCCGAGCGUGACAAUGCAAGGGUUUACGCGUCUCCUCCGCUGUUGACAAGACGGGAAACAUCAUUGGCUACAAAUUCCGUUUCCCCCAUUAUGAUAGGGUCGUCUCCCGAACAUGACACGACCCUUUCGUUUGAAGCAGAGAAACAGCCUGUUCCCGCAUUACAUGGCGAUCGUGAUCCGCAUGCUGCGGCUUUCAUCAGGGAACAUCUCGGCGAAGAGAAAUGGCACAUUUUCUCAUCACGCUUGGCUGAGACAAAGAGAAGUUUCUUCAAGUCCAAAAAGAAGGCGCGGCUGAAUGCCACCGGCAAGAUGGCCAGAGGCACCGCUGACGUGAAUGAGUCAAACGACGCGGUAUCUACAAUUGAUUUUCUUGUCAAAGUCGAAGUAGUAAAAACGGUACUGCGAACAUUAGUUCCAAGUCCGCACAACCCGCAGAAAACGUUCACUCAUCCCUUCGCCUCCUCUCCGCGAGGUCACGUCACACUGUCUCGUUCAAGCAUACUCUCUCUCUCUGGCUGGUCCAACACACAGUUUGCAUACUGGGGUCGCAGAGUUGAAGCAGUAUCCGUCCUAGCCCCUCUUGAUCUUCGCCUGAAUGCUGUCGCAGUUGUCCUGCGACGGCGACUCCGUGAAACGGGCGUCCUUAUCGAGGAUAUUAAGUCUACGGUGACAUCAUCACCUAGGUCUUCUCAAUUGUCCGGUCGGAAAAAUUCUGUAACCCAGAUGCUUCCAUUACCGCCGGUAGAGCACAAGUGCCCAGAAGAAUUCGAGACAGACCCUGAACAAUGGGUGAAAAAAUACAUCACUGGGAAAGGAUUGGAUGGCCUUAUUGAACAGGUGAAGAAGCACUACGGCGUGAGCCCCUUUCUACACGGGAAACAUUCGUGCCUUGCUCCGUUUGGGGCCACGCAUGGCAGUGUUAUCGAGGAGCAGCAAAAACAGCCGAUUUUUGUGCACACCCCGACAAUCCAGGCAGAUUUACACGGCCAAGAAAACCCGUCAGAAGAGAAAUUUCCCGUCAGUAGCGAGUUUGAAGGCGAGAAACCGCGAGCCGAAGAAUCACCGCCAGCUCAAGUACAGCAGAAGGCUUCACCGUCGCCUAUUCCCCCAGGCUCUUCCGCGCCGCUAUGGAACGCCACCUUGGCCGAAGAGCCGUUCGAAUUUGGGUUCUCUCUGGACACUCCAUUCAACCAUCCUACGCCCCCUGUCGCCGCUCAAGAGCUCGUUUAUCCUCCCGGCUCUUUCGCUAUUACUGAUAAUACAACUAACUGGGAGCCAUCCGUAUCAAACCGCGAACCUUGGCCUUCAUAUACCUGCAACGCAUCACACAGCAGGUCUUUCUCAGAACUCGGAAACGACACGGCAGGUUUUUCGCCCUCAUCUAAUUUCGAGAUGUUUGUCCCUCCGCCGCCGAAAAGACAAAGGACUGGACACAGUUACUCUUAUCCCUCGACCGUACCCAAUCUGCACCGCAUCCGGGGUCCCUCAAGAGCAUUUUCUAACGCCGCUACAUCCGCAUUCGCAUCGUCAUCCACCGCUGCAUUUACAAGUUAUCAAUAUAAUGCUACAUCAGACUCGUCGAGGACGAUGUCCGGUGACUCAUCACUGCAUUGGCCAAUCAGUUAAUGCCACGUACUUCCCUUCAAUUGUACACGUACCCUACCCAAUGUAGAGGAUAUUCAGGCUGGACAGUCUAUAUGGACCAUACCCGAUGAUUUUUCCAGUAUAUAUACACUGGUGUAUUCAUAGUAUAGUCAUGACUCGGAAGUCUCGCUGUACUAUUGUAGGUGUUUUAUUAGUUGUUCCAGUGAUUUCGGAUAAUGUACUAUUUGCUAUGGGGGAUCUACUUGGAAUGGAAUAGUAUACUUCGUAUUCGGUCUACCCUCGAGCUUCAUCAAAUUCAAUCAAGCUAGAGGUGGCACUACCUUCCAUCCCAAUUUCUAAGUACCUAGCUAACUCCGGGGCCUGUAAGGUCCUCACUAACAGGAAUUCAGUUGAAGGUUGUUUGCUGGAGGCUCCAUAGAACACACCAAGGCUCGGUGGUGAAAACGGCUGACGACAGGAUUCCUGU